AUGUAUGAGGCUGUUUUUCAAAUUUUGAGGGUUGGGAAAUCUUUGGAAUUGAUUACGGAAAGUUUUCGGCUCCUAAAUGAGUUAGAUAAGCAUUUUCCACGCAUGCAUUUGGUGGAUAAAGAAGCAUCAGAGUCAUCUCAGCUAGGCGUGGUUGAGGAGGUAUUAAGUUUUGCAUUUAUCCAAGCUUGGUCGCCGCUUCGUUUUAAUUUGAAUAUUGCUUCUAGCGUGAGGGGAGCUAGUGGCAGAAGCAUUAGCGGACCACUUGACUCAUUGGGUUUCUAUCAGUUAAUACAAGAGCUUGCUGAAGUGGCUAAUGAGGGAAACCUUCAAGCGUUAGAAAUAAAGUCACUGAGGAACAUGUUGCUGUUUCAAUAUCUUGUCAAUGCUCUUGAAGGAGAUUUUAUACUGCAUAACAGAGUGUAUGAAGAAACCAUGAACUGGACCCAUCUAAGGGAAUCUUUGCUCAACAUGCUUCUGAGUACAAGAAGAAUAAACUACAAAGGCUUGAUGAAAGAUUGCUUGUCCAUUAUGUGUGGAUUAUUUGAAGUUUCUGCUAGAAUAAGUGAGGAUCUAGAAUCUCCUGAUAAUUCUGCAGCAAAACUAUCUCAUAAUGGGAAUACUGCUGCAGCUUUUGCUUUACUUGAAUUCGGAAAUAAUGCUUGCAUUGCCUUGCAAAAACUUCUGAAAAUAAUUAUGGAGCUUGACAUGUCUAGAAAGAAAGCAGACAUGCAAGGUUCUACAACCAGAGCUGAUGCUGUGAGGACACCUCUGGUAGAGAUAAUUUUGGAUGAGCUAACUUAUAACACAGAUAUGCUUUCUCCUUUUCUUAAGAUAUUUAAUGAGCCUAAAUGGAAGCUUGAAAUCAUCUUGCUGUAUUUUUCAAAAUACACCACUAAAUCUUCCACUCGCACUCGGAGAUCAAGUGGUCCUACUGAGGAUGCAACGACUUUCAUUGGUGUUUUAAAUUGCUUUUGCAAUGUCACCAGCACAAGAAGCAUUACCAAAAAGAUAAGUCCAGAUGUAGUUCAGGUGCUUUUAGCACAUGCUUUUCAGAAAGAUGUGAAAAAGAUUAAGAAAAUUUGUAGGAAUGCACAAGGGAUAUGUUCAUCUGUGAUUGUUCAUGUUGUGGAUGAGUUAAUUCCUAAAUCUCAAUGUUAUAAGGCACAUUUGUCAUCAUCAUCUCAACAAGAUGCUGAUGGCACCUCUGCUUCCAAGGAUGAAGAAAGGAGCAGCUCUGUUGUGGAAAUAUGUGAGAAAAUAAUAUCUGCAUUUAGUAAUUUGAGAAGAACAAAUGCGAAGGUGGAAAUUUUGCCAUUUGGAAAGGAGGCGCUGUUUACAGCGGCAGCAAUCCUCUCAACAAAGACAGGAGCUCAUGUAUAA